AGAGUAAGCCCAGGAGCCAGUGGCUCCCCUCCGUGUGUUCCAACUACCCAGUGGCUCUUCUCCCUCCAGCCCUCAAGCCAGGACCCAGUCAAGGCUCUCUCUUUGAUUGACCUAGGCUCUGGUGAAGUAUGAACUCUGACCUGGUCCUCAUUGCCUCUCUCUGUCCUCAGCCUCUGGAAGGAGACUGUGGACCUGCCUCUUCCUCUCAGAAUGAUCUCAUUGGCUUCUUGGCAGCUGCUGCUUCUCCUCUGUGUCGCCACCUCUGGGGAGCCACUGACAAAAGUGGCACCUCUGGUGAAGCCUGGACCCGCAGGCCAGCGGUCCGGACCCCAGGAACUAGUUAAUGCCUGGGAAAAGGAAUCGCGGUAUGCAGAGAGCAAGCCUGGGUCUGCAGGGCUGCGCGCUCGUAGGACGACACCAUGCCCUCCGGUCGAGAGCCCCGCGGGGCGCCAGAGGCCCCUGUGUGCUUCCCACAGUCGCCUGAUCCCUGCGCCCCGCGGAGCGGUGCUGGUGCAGCGGGAGAAGGACCUGUCAACCUACAACUGGAACUCCUUCGGCCUGCGCUAUGGCAGGAGGCAGGCGGCGCGGGCAGCGCGGGGCUGAGUGCUGGGCUGCAGGUGGAUUGUAGAGGCCAAGGCAGGGGAGCUUCUAGACUUGUGCAAUAAAAGCAAUGCUGUCGUC